AGGUUGUAGUGACAAUAGAGAGAAGAGGAGGAUGUGGGUGGAGGCAGACUGAAUGGAAAGCCCACAAACACUGAGGCCUUCAUCCUCCAUCAACUGUCGUUCACAACUUUUCACCUGAACCUGCGCAACCAGAGGCCUUCGCUGAUCCAGAAUGGCUGCUGCCGGCGUGCUGUUGCUGCUCGCAGUGACGUCCGUCUGCAGCGGGAGUCUGGUUGUGGUGAACUCGGGCGUGCAGGUCUCCAGGGGUCGGUCGGUGUUUAUCACAGAGAAGGAGUUGAAGAUCAUCGUGGAUCCAACUGCAGACUGUAAGGUGGAGGUGGUGAUGAACGAACCUGUCACUCAGAGGGUGGGGAGGCUGACUCCACAGGUGUUUGACUGCAGCUUCCUGGAGGACGAGGUGAAAUACAUCCACAAUGGCAGCCCUCAGCUGGACGAGGACACUGUGAUGUUGAGAGUCUACAGGUUCACGUCCUCGGACACCCUGGUGGAGACGGUGGUUCUUCCGGUGCGGGUGGUGGACUCGGGGCCUGCCGUGGUGGAGCUGGGCAGCGCCCCACUGGUGGUUCCACAGUUCUACGGUUUAUCCAACGCUAUCGACAGCUCCGUCCUCAAUAUCCGAACUACGGCCGACCUGGUUUGCAUUGUAAGAAUGUUGACCACGGAUACCAGCGUCCCGGCUCUGGGUCAGCUGGUGAGGGAAGAGGACUCCACACAAAGAAAAGGCAGAGAGGCGGCGGCGGCCUGUCCGGGGAACAAACCCUGUCUUCACGACACCAAGACGGUUCCUUUCCUCAAGACCAGCUGCCAGGAUUUCCUGAGCUCCGGUCUCCAGUACCAGCACCUCAGCCCUCCGUCGCCAGAGAUCGACUACAUUCCCAUCAGGGUGGAGCUGAGGGAGCAGGGCACCAGGGCCCUGCUUGAGACGGAGUCGGUGUGGUUGCCGGUUCUGAUCCAUGGUGCGAUGCAGAACCAGCCACCCCAGGCCGCCUUCAUGGCCUCCUUCAUCCUCGAGGUGGACCAGUUCAUCCUCACCCCGCUCACCACAGCCACGCUGGACGUCAAGGACCACGAGACGCCGCAGGAAAGGCUGGUCUUCAAUGUGACCGUCCUGCCCGCCGAGGGCUACGUCACGCACCUGGAUGACCACACGAAGCCCGUCACGUCCUUCACCUGGCUGGACCUCCAUGAGAUGAAGGUGGCCUACCAGCCACCCAACAGCAGCCAAUCACAUCGCAGGAACUACGAGGUGGAGUUUCAGGCUAUAGACGGUUCCUAUAUGACCAGCCCGCCCAUCAUGGUACACAUCUCCAUCAGGGCAGCUGAAACAAACGCGCCCAGAGUCUCGUGGAACAUGGGUUUGGACCUUCUGGAGGGUCAGUCCCGACCAAUCACGUGGGAGGAGCUGCAGAUAGUCGACAGCGACAACAUUGAUGCUGUCUACCUGGUGGCUGUGGACGGACCUCUUCAUGGACACCUCAGUGUCAGAGGCGGGAAGGCGUUCAUGUUCCGCGUGAGGGACCUGAGGGAGGGUGCAGUCGUCUACCAUCACUCUGAUAGCGACACCACCCGAGAUCACAUCGUCUUCCGCAUCAGCGACGGCCGCCACAGCACCCGCCACAAGUUCCCCAUCAACAUCCUGCCCAAAGACGACUCGCCGCCGUUCCUCAUCAACAACGUGGCGGUGGAGGUGCAGGAGGGCGCCGCCGUGAGGCUGGAGGAGUUCACGCUGUCAGCCUCCGACCUGGACUCCAGCGACGACUACAUCCUCUACCAGAUCGUCUCCAGCCCGCGGGCGGGGAAGCUGGUCAGGAAGUCCUCCUCCCACGAACCAGGAGCUCCAGUGGACAGUUUCCUGCAGAGAGACCUGAUCCAGGGUCAGAUCUACUACCAGCACUCAGGAGAGGAACUGUUUGAAGACUCCUUCGACUUCACGCUGUCCGACAGCCACCAGCCGCCCAACCUCUCCCAGACAUACACCGUGGUGGUCCAUGUUUUCCCGGUGAAGGACCAGCUGCCAGUGGAAGUCCCCGGCAGUGUUCGCUCGCUGACGGUGAAAGAGACGGAGGUGGUUUACGUCACUCAGGCUCACCUCCACUUCACCGACAGAGAGCAUCCAGACACAGACCUGACCUACGUCAUCACACAGCCCUGCUUCAGCCCACUGCAUCCUGGGCUGAUGGACGCAGGACGUCUGUUCUACACCGACAGCACCAACGCCAUGAAGAAAGACCACAUGGUGCCGGUCUUAAAGUCCUUUACACAGCAUGCAGUGAACCACAUGAAAGUGGCCUUCAUGCCUCCUGUGGAGGACAUCGGCCCGGAGCCGCUGUUCAUCCAGUUCGUCUUCUCCAUCAGCGACCACCACGGCGGCACCGUCUCCAGCCUCCUCUUUAACAUCACAGUCACUCCCGUGGACGACCAGGCACCAGAGGCCUACACCAACCUGCUGAGGGUGGAGGAGGGCGGCGGGGGCUUUGUGACAGAGGAGCACCUCCUGGUUCGGGACCGGGACAGCCGGGAGGAGGUACUGAGGGUGGAGGUUCGGAGGACGGCUCGCCGUGGCCGGCUGGAGCUACAGGGCCGAACGCUGCUGCAGGGAGACAGAUUCACUCUGCAGGACCUGAGAGGACUCCGACUCAGGUACAUCCACGAUGACUCCGAGACCACGGAGGACGAAGUGGCUCUGAAGGUGACGGACGGUCUGAACUCAGUAGAUGUGGUGCUGCUGAUACAGGUGCUGCCGAUGAACGACGAACCCCCCCAGCUGGGCGGCGGUCUGCGGGGGGAGCUGAGCUGCGAGGAGGGGGGGCGGGUCCAGGUAACGGUGGACUACCUGUCAGCCACAGACCGGGACAGCGACGACUCCAGGCUGACCUACAUGCUGGCCCGGAGUCCGGGCAGAGGGGAGCUGCAGAGAGCUGGACUGACCGUGGACAAGUUCUCCCAGCAGGACCUGCUGCAGGGACUCAUCUACUAUGUCCACACAGGAGGAGAGAUCGGAUCCGAGCCCGCGUUCGACAGCGUCACCCUCAUCAUCUCAGACGGCGAGGCCGGGGGGACAGAAGGCUGUUGCCAUGGAGACGCCCCGCCCCCACCCGUACCACUCCACGGCACACUUCCUGUGUACGACCUCAACAUCACCGUUCUUCCUGUCAACAACAAAGUGCCCACCGUCACUCUGGGAACGCCGGGUUGGAGGUGGACUCUGGUGCUCGCAGGGUGAUCUCCAGCAUGACCUUGGAGGCCAAGGACCUGGACACCCCCACAAACCAGGUGUACUACUUCCUCAACACUGAGCCGCGCUUUGGCAAACUGCAGCUCAAGACAGAGUCGGGUUGGACCGAGCUGUCGGCCGCUCAGAACUUCACUCAGGACGACGUGGAGAUGAACCGUCUGUGGUAUGCUCACACCGCCGCCGCCAACGCCACCGGCUUCAAAGGUCACGACAGCUUCCGCUUCACUCUCAGUGACCUGGACAACGAGAGUCCUCCUCAGAGCUUCUUCAUCUCAGUCCACACCGUGCAGAGAGGUCAGAGCUCACCGCUGCCAGCUUUGCCCAGUCUGUGUGAACAUGGGGCCGACGAGGCCUUCGGCCUUCUGGCUCCGGGCCCUUCUGAUCCUGGAGGAGCGGAGGUGGAGAAACGGGGCCCGACCUCCUCAGCCGGACUAAAUGAACUACAUUUAUUCUGUCUUCACAGUUUUGUCGUCACCAACGGCGACUCGUCCCGCAGCGGCACCCUCCACUUCACCAUCGAGCAUGGCGACCGCAUCCCGCCAACCCUCCACCACAACGUGGGCCUGCAGCUGCCUGACGGCUCCACGGCGACCAUCACCGCCGAGCAGCUGCAGGUCACCGACCCCGACACCGCCGUCGCCAACCUGAGCUUCGUCAUCACGCAGCCGCCACGCUACGGCAAACUGCUGCUGAGGGGAGUCCCACUGUCGCCGCCACUGAGCUUCACCCAGACGGACGUGGACGAGCUGAACCUGGCUUACCGUCACGACCUGGGCAGCCCGGCGGAGAUCGACAGGUUCUACUUCCUGCCGACUGACGGCACCAACAGAGGUUACCUGGAGUUUGGACAGCUGAGGGAGGAGCCUGCUGUCUUUAACAUACAGAAUGUGUUCCUGGUUCUCCUUCUGCAUCAGUUCCACAGUCUUACUCCUCUCCGGUUGGAGGAGCUGAAGCCGGGGGAUGACCUGUGGAGCCGGUCGACUCGCGGUCGCCUCCUGCAGGAGCUCCCAGUCGGAGACCCUCCUCAGAUGGAUCAUCCAGAACCCAGACACCACCCGGAGCUGCGCCAGCGCAAGACGGGGAGGUCAGUCAGCAGCUCCUGUCCCGACGGUUGGACACACUACAGGAGACGCUGUUACACCCGCAGCUCGUCUGUGGCCAGCUGGGCCAGCGCCGAGAGGACCUGCUCGCUGCUGUUUAACAGCAGCCUGACCAGCGUGCGCUCCAGAAGAGACAUGAGCUGGCUGUGGAAGUUUGCAGAGAAGAAGCCAUUUUGGAUCGGUCUGUCUGGUGGUCCGGGUCGCUGGCUGUGGGCUGACGGUCGCUCAGUGUCCUUCUCCAGACUGAAGGGGGCAGCGAGCCGCGGUGAGUCCAACGUGGGCCCAGACUGCGUGCUGGUUGAAAACCCCAGAAGCUGGAUUUCUACAAGCUGCUCCCCCGAAACUCAACACACGUUCAUCUGUUCAUCGCCGGCUCACACUCACUGAGAGACUCUCAGCGUAUUUACCUCUGUGAACGAGUCAUAUUUAAUAAUGCUGCUCUGUACAUUAGUUUUCAUAUUUUUGUCAUAUUAAAGGUGCUGCACAAACCAAAAUACA